GCGGCAGUGUGUCGAAAUGUUAUAUAUCAGGGAAAUUGGCCAACAAUGUAUUUAUUGUUCUGGUGACUUUGAAAGAAGAAACGUUGCGACAUAGUCUUGGAAACAAUGUUUGAGAUCAAUAACAUUUGUUUAUAUAUUUUUGCAUUGGGAUAUUUACCUUACGUUUUUGGAUCGGAUUCUGAUAGUUUUGGCGAUAUCAGUUCAGGGGAUGGCAUUCAAAUCAAAUUAGACAGCGGUAUUCUACAAGGAAACAUAAAACGGACUGUAGAUGCCAGGAGUUGGUACAAUUUCCAGGGUAUCCCAUAUGCAGUACCACCGAUAGGAAAUUUACGAUUUAGGGAUCCAGUGCCUUUUAAAAAAUGGAACGGAAUUUUAAACGCAACCAAAUUUUCUGCCAGUUGUGUCGAAAUCCGUGUACGUCAAUCCACUUACAGCGUCAGAGGACAAGAGGAUUGUCUUUAUUUAAAUGUUUAUUCUUCACAAAAUCCCCAUACAAUCGAGAAGCUGUUACCAGUCAUGUUUUGGAUUUAUGGUGGGUCUUUUCGCGAGGGUUCCGCUGAUAUAUAUGGUCCAGACUAUCUGAUGGAGAAAGAUGUUGUUGUUGUGACUUUUAAUUAUCGACUUGGUGUAUUUGGAUUUUUAAGUACGCAAGAUAGAAAUCUACCAGGCAACUACGGCAUGAAAGACAUCAUUCUUGCCUUAAAAUGGACGAAGAGAAAUAUAAGGAAAUUUGGUGGUGAUCCCGAUAAGGUGACCAUAGCUGGCGAAAGCGCAGGGGCAGCUGCAGUCGGUUACCUUCUAAUGUCAAAACAAUCGAAAAAUUUGUUUAGUCAAGCUUUGAUGCAAAGCGGUAGUCCUUUAUGUCCGUGGGCGUUGAAUCAAAACGCCAGAAAGGUUGCUUUCGACUUAGGACUAUCAUUAGGCAUAAACACAAACAGUUCAGCUGCUCUCUUACAUUUUUUAAGAACUGUAGAUCUUCCGAACGCACAUCAGGCAAUGAUAAGGGUAAAUGUUUUGAACUUCCCAGACUCCUAUAACAAUGGUGGUCCUUUUGGGCCUGUAAUAGAACCAGAAAGCGAAGAUGCUUUCCUAACCGAAGACAGUUACAGGGCGUACAAAAAUGGCGAUUUCCAUAAAGUACCUGUUCUUUUAGGAAUCAAUUCACAAGAAAGCAAAUUUUUAUAUUCACUAAUCACUACGUUACGCCCAAUUUUAUUUCUCUACGAUAUCAGUCCGAGUUUGCUAGUACGUACUGCCAUGAACAUCAGUUCAAUAGAAGACAAGAGGAUUGUGGGUACCAAAAUAAAACAGCACUAUUUCAAAUCGGAAAGCUUUGUCAGUGCAACUGAUGUGGAACUUGCUGAAUUUUUCAGUGACGAUCUUUUUGUUCGCCCGAUCACAAAAACUGCUCAGCUAUUAGCACGACACGUGCCAGUGUAUUUCUAUAUCUACGAUUAUGAAGGCUCCAGAGGACAAGCCUGGAUAAAUUUGACAGGAAAAUAUAACAGACAUAUAAAAGGUGUGGGUCAUGCUACUGAACUUUGGUAUCUGUGGAAUCCAAUAUGGGCUCCUUCUGGAUUCAGUAAUGAUGAAGAAAAACUUACGACUCAACGUCUUGUAACUUUGUGGACUAACUUUUUCACAUAUGGAAAUCCAACCCCUACAACAGUUAAAAUUUUCAAUGACACCAAAUGGCCAAGGGUAAAAGGACCAAAUAUAGACUUCUUCUACAUUGGAAGACAAAUUAGGUCUGGUCGAAAUUUCAAAGGAAACACUCUACGGUUUUGGAAUAGUAUUUAUUCAUCCUAUUCUAAAGGGCCUUUCCUGACUUAUUGAAUAAAUUAUCAUUAGCCUAAUUAUUUAGUUACUCUGUGAUAUGUUUAGUGAAUUUUGGUCAUAAGUUCCUAUUGUAGGUACAAAUUGAUGAUUGUUACAAAAAGUAUUUGAA